GGUGUGUGUGUGUGUGUUUGUUGCUAACCUGUAUGUGUGUUUGUUGCUAACCUGUAUGUGUGUUUGUUCCUAACAUGUGUGUGUGUUUGUUGCUAACGCGUGUCCUCGUCCUGAUACCAGGCUGGAGCAGGCCCAGUAUGUGGUUGUUGCUAUGACACCAGGCUGGAGCAGGCCCAGUAUGUGGUUGUUGCUAUGAUACCAGACUGUUGCUAUGACACCAGGCUGUUGCUAUGAUACCAGGCUGUUGCUAUGAUACCAGGCUGGAGCAGGCCCAGUAUGUGGUUGUUGCUAUGAUACCAGGCUGUUGCUAUGAUACCAGGCUGGAGCAGGCCCAGUAUGUGGUUGUUGCUAUGAUACCAGGCUGGAGCAGGCCCAGUAUGUGGUUGUUGCUAUGAUACCAGGCUGUUGCUAUGACACCAGGCUGGAGCAGGCCCAGUAUGUGGUUGUUGCUAUGAUACCAGGCUGUUGCUAUGACACCAGGCUGGAGCAGGCCCAGUAUGUGGUUGUUGCUAUGAUACCCGGCUGUUGCUAUGACACCAGGCUGGAGCAGGCCCAGUAUGUGGUUGUUGCUAUGAUACCAGGCUGUUGCUAUGACACCAGGCUGGAGCAGGCCCAGUAUGUGGUUGUUGCUAUGAUACCAGGCUGUUGCUAUGACACCAGGCUGGAGCAGGCCCAGUAUGUGGUUGUUGCUAUGAUACCCGGCUGUUGCUAUGACACCAGGCUGGAGCAGGCCCAGUAUGUGGUUGUUGCUAUGAUACCAGGCUGUUGCUAUGACACCAGGCUGGAGCAGGCCCAGUAUGUGGUUGUUGCUAUGAUACCAGGCUGUUGCUAUGACACCAGGCUGGAGCAGGCCCAGUAUGUGGUUGUUGCUAUGAUACCCGGCUGUUGCUAUGACACCAGGCUGGAGCAGGCCCAGUAUGUGGUUGUUGCUAUGAUACCAGGCUGUUGCUAUGACACCAGGCUGGAGCAGGCCCAGUAUGUGGUUGUUGCUAUGAUACCAGGCUGUUGCUAUGACACCAGGCUGGAGCAGGCCCAGUAUGUGGUUGUUGCUAUGACACCAGGCUGUUGCUAUGACACCAGGUUGUUGCUAUGAUACCAGGCUGUUGCUAUGAUACCAGGCUGGAGCAUGCCCAGUAUGUGGUUGUUGCUAUGAUACCAGGCUGUUGCUAUGACACCAGGCUGGAGCAGGCCCAGUAUGUGGUUGUUGCUAUGAUACCAGGCUGUUGCUAUGACACCAGGCUGGAGCAGGCCCAGUAUGUGGUAGUUGCUAUGACACCAGGCUGGAGCAGGCCCAGUAUGUGGUUGUUGCUAUGAUACCAGGCUGUUGCUAU